AUGACCAAAGUGCGCAUGGCGAUGGACGAGCGCGCGAUGAUCGACCAGCUCUCCGACAUGGUGGCGUACUCCAUCUCUGAAGACGACAUUCAAAUUGUGCUGGCUGAAUGUGAUGGUGAUAUCAUGAAAGCUCUGGACGAGCUCCUCAACCUCAAGGCGAUUCAAAAAAUGGACGUUGCGGACGAGUCGCCUCGGCACAACACGGAACUGGACGGACAGCUUCAGUGGAAUCUCUUCACGAAGGAACUCGAGUCAUACGGUCUCGAUGACCAGGCAUGCAGGGAACUCAUCCAAGUUCUCAAGGAAAGGCGCGGAGCAGGCAAAUUGUUGUCCUUGGCGAUUGUGCUGGAGCUGCUCGACUCCAUGAACGUCGCGGACGAGCAUCCACUAAAGGAAUUACAGAAUCGAUACCCCAUGAUUCCUCUCUCCAUCAUCGAGGAAUCGUUCGAGUGCAACAACUUCAACCUGCACGAGACGAUGAAGGCGCUCGUCGAGACCAAGUCGCUUCUGAAUGAAUCUGGAACACUUGAAACUUUCAGCUACGCGGCCGUCGCUAAGCCGUCUGCUCAGCCUGUCGCACCGCCACCACCGGAAGUUAAUUGCAAGUACGAGUUUCCCACGCUGACAAAGUUGCAACGUGGGAAAUCGAAGGAAGCGUUGAGCGUGUGGCACAAAUCUUUGCAUGGGCUACCUACAGGUGGUCGGGGCACUCUCACGACUCGUAUGAAGCUCGAGCUCCUCCAGUCGUCGUUCCCAACCAUCGACACGGACAUUGUUUGUACGGUAGUGCUCGUGCACUAG